AGCUCACUGACCCAACUGCAGCUGCAAAACCAGCAUCAAGAACUACUGUGCCGCCAUGUUUGGAUCCCUCCUGCCUAUCUGUUUACUUCUUCACCUAGCAGUUUCUGUACCUCAGCCACCCUGCCGUCGAUGCUGUGAACACCUCCCACCGCUAGACGAUGCUGGAACCCUUAAACAAAGCAUGCCUUCAAUGCCUGAAAUCCGUACAUACAUAAACAUGACCAUUCUCAAAGGGGACAAGGGUGACCGUGGAGAAAGAGGAACUCCUGGAAAGCCUGGAAUCGAGGGUUACCCAGGACCACAGGGAGCUCUGGGUCCCGAAGGAGCUAAGGGACAAGCCGGAGCUCCGGGUGAUGCCUGCAAGUCCCAGCACUCUGCUUUCUCUGUGGGCCGACGGAAGUCCCUUCACAGCGUUGACAACUACCAGGCCUUGAUUUUUGACACCAUCUUUGUAAACACCCCCGAACACUUUGACAUGUUUUCCGGGAAGUUCCGUUGCCAAAUACCCGGCAUUUACUUCUUCAAUGUAAACAUUCACACAUGGAACUUUAAGGAGACGUAUCUGCACAUCAUGCACAACGAGAGUGAGAAGGCAAUUGUUUACGCUCAGCCGAGCGACCGCUCCAUCAUGCAGAGUCAGAGCGUGAUGUUGCCUCUGCAGGAGGGCGAUGAGGUUUGGGUCCGCCUCUACAAACGGGAGCGUGAGAACGCCAUAUAUAGCGACGAUGUGGAUAUUUACAUUACCUUUAAUGGAUACCUCAUCAAACCAGAAACUGAGUGAGACAAGAAACAUUGGCGGAAAGGAGCGAAAAGGAUCAUUUAUUGACUUAAUAUUUGAAAAUGCCAAAAAUGCUUAAGCAGUGGAACAACUUUUACAGGCAAGAGGAUUCUAAACAACUGAAGACAAAACAAAAUAAUAAGUUAUAAAGGGAAUUAAAGGUGAAGUGUAUAAUGUCGGUACCUCUAGUGUCACCGAAUGGAAUUGCAAACAUAAUUAUUGUUUUCAAAAUGUUUCCCAAACACUUCCCCCAUCUGCCAUUGGUAGAACAAGCAGAUAGUCCCACCCCAAACUUACACCAUUGGUUAAGCCAGUGACCACGUUUACAUGCGCUUAAGAAAACUGUUUAUUCCAGGGUUUUUGCAGAAAGUGGCAUUCUGAAACGUCAUAUAAACGAGAAUGCCGAUUUUCUUAUGCUUUUUAAUGGAUUAAGAGAAAGCAGUUUAACACACCCUGGUUUAUCCCAGAGAACGCGGCUUAAUGUGGCAAUGUAAACACAUAAGUGGCGUUCUUACGUGUUUUUGAGGAGUGCGCAUGUGUGUGAACAGUCCGGAAAACUAACGUCUUAGGAUGGUGCCAAACAAAAUGUCAAAACAGCAGAAAGAAUUCAACAUUUCUGGGACUACAGUGGGAAAAGCACAUACACUUUAAAUUAUAGCCAUUUAUCCACCUUUUUCCUGACUUCUCCAUGGGCGGCACCAUUGCGGUGAGAGACUUCCUCUCAGAUGCUCCACACUUCCGCUUAGUUGUUGUUAUCAGCUAGACUAAUGUUACUGGUGAUGGCGAGCAGCUAAGGGUUUCGAUAAUUAUGCUCUGUUAUAUGGUGUUAUAACAACUACAUGUGGCUUAAAAACUUCUGGAAAAUGAAUUUCACUACGAUAAGCCCCCCAAAAGCUGCCAAUGCUGAAACAUUCCGAGUCGAACUGGAUGUAAUAAUCAGAAGUUACAUUAAACAAAUUCUCUGUCACUUGCCCUUUUAAAAAAAACAUUGACAGAUAAUUCCAAAUACUGUCCAUUAUUUUGGAAGAUAACAAAGAUGAAAAACAUUUAAACCAAACCUUUGUUUUAUUAAUCAUCUUUACAAGGUUCAUAUCUCAUGCCGCGCUGUGAGUGUAUGUGAAUGUGGGUGAGACCAAGUUGUUCUCGGCAGAGUGCUUGAGAAGGCGGCACUUGUUAAUGCAGAAAUAAUGCAAAGGUACAUUUCUCAAAUCUGAAGAUUUUUAAAUGGAACCUAUUAUGACCAUACGUCCUUUUUUCACGGAUGUUUCCUCUUUCUUUAAUUCCCUCCUUAAAAAGCGACCAGUCGGGAUUUCUAGAUUCCCUAAAUGUCCGCUAUUUGGCUGUUUUCAUAUUGAACUGCUCAACAAAAAACAUCAUUAAAUCUAGCGCAUCAUAUACAUGAAUUCUCUCUUUCUCUCUCUGCGUGCUGUAUGUCUGUCUCUCUCUCGCUUUCACACACACACACACACACACACACAUACAGGGUGUGUGCAGAGAGCACUAGAGCCCAGUAACUUUACCAUGUAAAUGUGUGUGAUUGAUUGUGUACUUAUCUAUUCAGGGAUUGCAGUCGAAACCGAAUGUCCACAUGCAACCUUUAGUGAGAAAGGGAUUUACGUUAAGUAAACACAGACUCUUCACUUGUUUUUGACCAUUGUUAGUGAUAUUUCAAUGCUUGGUAAUGGGAAUAAGCUGCGAAGCGGAAGUCUGUAGCAUCCGCAUUGGAAGAACGCGCUAAGCAUAAUGGGUAAUUUCGCUGCCUGUGAAAAAGGUGGAUACACACUAAUGUAAAAUAUCGAUGGUCCUUCACGUUCGGGUAUAUGCAGGGGAAUCCUGGAGUUUUACAUAAGAGGGAAACCCCACUAUUAUAGCGCAAUUCUGCUGCAGGUCACGAUAGAAGGUUAAGGAAAAAAAUACAGCAACAGCUCUGGAAUAUCUGGAAAGCAAAGCAAUGGAGAAUAAAAUAACAAAGUCUUCCUCAUAUGCCUUGUUUGUUAUUUACACAAGCGUCGCAGAGAAAUUACGUUGCUCUGGAGAAAACUGCUUACUGACCGAGCCGCAUGUAUACAGGAAUAAAGAGAAAGUCGAUAACACAGCUCAUGUAAACGCAUAUUCCGAUUUUGAGGCUCAAGCAGCUUUCUCACAAUAAACAGCUUUCUGGUGUCCAUGUAAACGUAGUCAAUGUUCCUGUGUCGGGCUGGUUCGAGACGCUCAAACAAACAAUGCCACCACAGAACCACAGUGUUUCGAAAAACGAAAAAAAAAAAAAAAAAGUCAUAAUAAUAGCGCAAUGUCUAGAAUCAUUUUACUCAGUAUCUUAAUCUGGACAUAGAAAACUUCGACCAAUUGUCUGUUUGAAAUGAGUUGAGAGUGUGUCAGCCUAGCUGCAGGUCCUGAGAAAAAAAUACAUGCAGUGUGUGUGUGGUGUCUGGUUCUGUUUAUUGGACAGAGGUUUUUUUUUUUUUCAGUGUUAAACAGGAUGUGUGUGGCUUUCCAUUUUUAGUAGCAAGAAUCCACUUGAGAGAGACCUAGAUGAUAGAAAUAUAUAGAGAGAGGGAGAUUAAAUAUUUUCAAACCACAGGAGACAGAUUUCGUCCCAAAAUGUUGACUUAAAAGACUCUCAAGUAUGUGAAGAUUCUGAGAUGAUAACGUGCAAAGAAGUGGUGCUAAAUCAAAAUCUAAGUUUAAACCUUGCUAAACUUCUGGUUGCAUUGUUAUCAAAGAAAUCAGGUGCUACGAGUUAGAUAUUUGUAUUUUUUUAACACAUUUCAGCAGGUGCUAAAAGUUACAUACUUGACUGCAAAAGGGACUGAAAAUAUUUUGGUUUGUAAAUUAACAGCUAAUAUUCUUAUUUCCAGUUGAUGUAUUUUAUGGAAUGUCUAGUGAACUGUAUUUUUAUUAUUUUAAAUGCCAAAAUAAAAGCUUA